UGGGGAGGUGUUUGAGGCGCACUGCGGACUCGCGCUUGUUACGGUGUUGACCACCAGGUCCUGAGGCCUUGAAGGUAUCCAUCUCGCACUGCCGCAUCAAAUCCUCGUCCGUGAGGUAAAGCUGAGAUUCUUCAAGUCACCCACCGCCCAAACUCGAACGACUAUCUCCUCUCCGCCGCUGCCACCGCACCUCCGGCAGGCCCAGCAGACAUUGAAAACCCUUGAUUUGCCAGAGAGUAAUGGAGGAAAAAGAUAAUUUGGGUCGUUACAAAGUUGGGUCUUUGCCAACUCUCUUCUACGUUCCUGACUUCAUAACGGACAGUGACCAAAGCCUUCUUCUAAACAACAUUUAUGAAACCCCUGCAUCAAAGUGGAAGAUGUUAAAGAAUAGAAGGCUACAGAAUUGGGGUGGUGUUGUCCACGAGAAGGGCCUUCUACCUCAAGUUUUGCCUCCAUGGUUAACAAAUCUCACACAAAAAAUAUAUGAUGAAUCUGGGCUGUUCCCAUCAGCAAUGAACCAUGUUCUUAUCAACGAAUACCAGCAUAAUCAAGGCAUAAUGCCACAUCAAGAUGGACCUGCUUAUUUUCCAGUAGUAGCCAUUCUAUCACUUGGAUCUCCUGUAGUCAUGGACUUCACUCCCCAUGCAAGAUUCAAACAGGAUUCCCAGGAUGGUAUUGAGAAAGAUUCUGAUUUUGAGAUUGGGAAAGAUGAGUGGCUUGAUGAUCACCACCCUUUCUCUGUUUUAUUGAUGCCUCGCAGUUUACUGAUAUUCAAGGACAAAGCAUACUCAGAUUACUUGCACGGUAUAAAAGAUUGCGCGAUACAUUGCUACAAUGGGGCUGUAAAUGAAACUCAAGCUUUGAAAUACAAGGAAUCAGAUGGAGAUUUAUUUAACUUGGAGGAUGCAUUGGAUACAACAGGAAAGGAAGAGUACAAGAAUAUAUCAAGAACAUCCAGUAGAGUUUCAUUGACUUGUCGAUUGGUUCCCAAAGUUCACAAAAAUUUGUUUAGGUUAUGACUUUGUAUAUUUCAUUGAAAAUGAUACUUUGACACAAAUUUUUUUUAUUCAUUUGAAAUUACCCUUU